AGUAAGAUAGCAGAGAGCCCGUCUACAGUGACAGAGGACAGCCACUCUGCAGCCGUAUGCCCUGCGGCUAGUGUAAUAGUUUACAGAAAGUCCGAAAGUGCGAUUUCCGAACCGCCCCCGUGCUGACUAACUGCUCAGGAAGUACUACGCAGUUUUGGAACAUAAUUUCCCCAAAGGAGUGACGAAAUUCUGGAAUUACUGGAGUUGUGGACAAGUGCGGGAACAGGUUGACGCUCAAGAGCAGCUCAUCUUUCGAGAAAGGAAAGACUUUUGAACAGCAGGAGUUCAGGAUGGAGAAAGCGCCACUGUUUUUACGCCUUGUCAUUCUACUGAUGCAAUGCCUUCCAAUUGUCCCUGUUACCGUGUCAACAACCACACCCAUGGUGGAGGUCCGUGAGAACUCUGAUGCGGUUCUGAGCUGUGAUUUUCGGACCGAGAAGGAACCGAAUCCUCGAAUUGAGUGGAAGAAGAAAGGAACAGAUGUAUCAUUUGUUUACUAUGAGGGACAGUUCAGAGGAGCCUUUGCAGGGCGUGCAAGGAUCAAGGGGGCAACGGUGACCUUACAGAGGGUGACCCAGAAAGACGCGGGUGAAUACCGCUGUGAGAUCACUGCCCCUCAUGACACCAUCACCCUGGGGGAGACUAACAUUACCCUCACAGUCUUGGUUCCCCCCCACACCCCAACCUGUGAGAUCCCCAGCUCGGCCCUGACGGGCUCUAUGGUGCAGCUGCGCUGUAUGGAACAGCAGAGCAUCCCCCCAGCCACCUACUCCUGGUAUAAAGACGACAAGCCGCUGACCCCCUCCCGCAUGGCCAACGCCACCUACCACCUCAACCCAUUCACCGGCAUACUGGUGAGAUACUUUUUAAGAACAGUGUAUAUACAGUCAUACCAUUGAUGCUUUGGCACGAUU